GCAAAUACGUCGGCAGAUAGAGAAGACCCCAAGUCGACUCCCAGAUUAUUUUCUUGUUUUCUACUUCUUUCUUCCCAAACAAAAAGGAUUCUUCUUCGAGACCAAGCAAUCCUUCCCGUCUCCCCCGACCUCUCCCCUUCCUGCUACUUCCCCUCGGCCCCUCUUUUUUCGCAAUGGGUGGAAGCAACUAUGAUGACGACUGGGUGUUGCCUAGUGCUGACAUCACCCUUGUUCUUGUUGGAAAGCUUGGCUACGGCAAGAGUGCAACUGGCAAUAGUAUCCUUGGACGGGAAGCAUUUGUGUCUGAAUACUCCCAUGCUAGUGUGACAAAUACUUGUCAGAUGGGAAGCACCACUCUGAAAGAUGGCCGCACCAUAAAUGUUAUUGAUACACCAGGACUAUUUGACAUGACUGUAACACCUGAGGAUGCUGGUAAAGAAAUCGUCAAGUGUAUGAACAUGGCCAAAGAUGGGAUACAUGCGGUGUUGAUGGUUUUUUCUGCUACAACUCGAUUUUCUCGAGAAGAUUCUAGCACCAUUGAGACUAUUAAAGUGUUUUUUGGAGAGCAAAUUGUUGAUCACUUGAUCCUGGUCUUCACCUAUGGAGAUUUAGUUGGUGAAACUAAAUUGAAGAACAUGCUAAGUAAUGCCCCGGAAUAUCUGCAGAAAGUUGUUGAGCUAUGCAAAAAUAGAGUUGUUCUUUUUGACAACAAGACCAAGGACCGAAUGAUUCAAGCUAAGCAGCUGGAAACGUUGCUUGAUGUGGUUGAUUCUGUUAGUGCAAAUAAUGGAGGAAAACCAUUUACAGACCAAAUGCUCACUCGCAUUAAGGAGGUGCAUGAUAGAGAAAAGGAGGUUCAUGAUGCCAUGGGAUAUUCAGAGGAGCAGAUAUCUGAAUUGAAGAAGGAGAUCCACAGAACUCGUGAUGAACAACUUGCAAACAUUACCGCCAUGGUGGAAGACAAACUAAACUGCACGGUGGAAAAGCUGCAAUGCCAGCUAAUGGAAGAACAGAACGCAAGAUUAGAAGCAGAGAGGGUGGCUGCAGAGGCCAGGAUGAAAUCAGACGAGGAGAUCCGCCAGCUCAGAGAGCGCCUUGAGAAGGCCCAACUGGAAAACGAGGAAUUCAGACGGUUGGCUACCAGUAACAAGUGUGCUAUUCUGUAAAGCGGUUUUCUCGGUUGCGUGCGGAUGCUUUAGUGAUUUGUCAAUAGAGGGCUUCAGUAGUCUUAAGCCUGCCCCGUAAUAACUGAUAAAUUUUAGCGUCUCAUCUCGUACAUCUAUAUUAGUAGUACUGGAACUGUAAUGUCCGAGUCGUACUAUAUACUAUAUAUAAUGGUUGCGGUGUAUACUUUUGAGUA